AUGGAAACUAACCAGGAUGUAUCAAUAGAAAAAGAAUCGAUUAACAACAAAGAUGAUGAACAGAUAAAUAAAGAAAUCGAAACCAAUGACAACGAUGUAAUAAUAGAAAAUGAUGAUAAAAAUAUAAUUAAAACACCAGAAGUUAAAUCUCUAAAUGAUAAUGAAAUUUUUGAAAAAAUUGUAAAUGCAAUUAAAGAAAAUAAUUCAAAUCUAUUAGGUCAACUUUUAAAAAAACUAUCAAAAAAUAAUGAAGAAAAUAAAAUCGAUAGCAACGAUGAAAGUGAAAAUGAAAAUGAAAAUAGAAAUCAUAAAAAUAAACCACCUAAACACACAAGUAGAAUGUACGAAAAAGAAAUAAACCAUGAAGAAAUUAAAAAAGAAAUUGAUGAAAAUAAUAAACACUUCAACUUCAAACCAAUUUUAAAUAGAAUUUUAAAAGGUAAAACACUAUUAUAUACAGCUGUAGAAUUAGAUUGCUAUAAUGAUAUCGUAUUCUUAUUACUAAAAUAUGGUGCCGAUCCAAAUUAUUUAUGCACUUUAAGCAGCCCAAACAAUGAAGAAUUAGGAUCAACAUCAUCAUCAACAGUAGCAGCAUCAGCAACAGGUAUUGCAAAUGUAGAAGAUUUAGAGACAUUACUCAGCUAUUAUAAAAAGCCAGCAGAUAAAGAGGGUGUAAUUCAUUUAACAGUUAGAAAUGGCGACUCAUCAAUUUUAAAUUUAUUGUUAGACUACGGAGCAGAUGUUAAUAUCCUCGAUUCAUUAUCAAGAUCACCAAUUAUUAUUGCAAGUGCAAAUGGAAAUACAGAAUGUGCAAGAUUAUUGGUUUUAAAGAGUUGCAAUGUGAACCAUGAAGAUUUGAAAAAGAAAACUGCUCUUCAUUUAGCGAUCGAUGGUGGUUUUGAUGACAUUGCAACCACAUUAACACACAAUGGCGGUGAUGUUUCCGUUAGAUAUCAUUAUAGACCAAGAGGAAAAACCGCACAAAUCAACCUCGCAAUACCAAGCCCAUCUGGCAAAGGACGUCCAUCAUUCAAUGAUAGUGCUCAAGACUAUACAGAUUAUAAAGAUGUUAAAAUUUUUAGCAAAUUAGAUCGUUAUGGUAACAUUCAAGAUUCAAAUGGCAGUAAUGGUAACCAAAAUAUGGUAACAAACGACAUAGAACUAACAGAUAAACAACAUCAACAACAAGAAAAAGAACUAGAGUUACAAAGUGGUGUAGGUCGUAAAUACUCUAGAAAAUCAACAAUGAAUAGUGGUCUAACUACCAAUAUAAGUAAACAAAAAAACAAAAAAGAAAUCGAAAAGGAAUUGGAGCGUUCCAUUAAAUGGACCAAGUUAACAAAGAAAUGGGCUAAACGACCUGAAAAGAGACCAUUAAAAGUUAGAUCACGUUCAAUUAAAGGUAUACCAGAUAGAAUGCGUUCAGAGGUUUGGUUACUCUUAUCAAUGGCAACUAUAGAAAAAGAAAAAAACAAAGGCCUCUAUGACCAAUAUGUAAACUCACAUUCAGAAAGUGAAGUUGCAAUCGAUCUAGAUGUUAAUCGUGCUUUUAGAAACCAUAUCUUUUUCCGUGAACGUUAUGGUAUUGGUCAAGUAUCUCUGUUCAAUGUACUCAAAGCAUACUCAAUUCACGACCGUGACAUUGGAUAUACACAAGGUAUGAGUAGCAUCGCAUCGCUAUUGGUCAUGUAUUUACCCGAAGAAGACGCUUUUUGGACAUUACAAGCUCUAAUGAAUCGUCCAGAAUACAACCUACGACCCAUUUUCUUACCAGGUUUACCAGGCUUCUUAAGAAUGGCAUAUGUAUUUGAAAAUCUCUUAAAUGACUAUUUCCCAACCUUAAAGAAAGCUUUAGAUGAUAUUUAUUUAGGCCCACCACUAUACACAACUAAAUGGUUUUUAAUUGGUUAUUUAGAUUCAUUCCCAUUCCAUAUUGCAUUACGUAUUUGGGAUUUAAUUUUUUCAGAAGGUUAUUUUAUUGUCUAUUCAGUAGCAAUGUCAUUAUUUAGAUUAAACGAAAAAUUAAUUUUAGAAAAUAAAGAUAGCUUUGAAAAAUGUUAUAAUAUAUUAAGAUCAUUUGAAAAUUUCGAUAUGGAUGAAGAUCUUUUCAUAAACUAUAUUAUGAAACACAAAAUCAAUGUAAAGAAAAUUAUACACUAUGAAAAUAAAUAUGACCAAGAAAAACCAAAUCCAAGUAUUAACAGAACUACCCAAUCAUUCAAGAAAAGAUUCAGUCUAUUUGUUAAAAACUAA